AUGGCUACAAAACAAUCCUCUCUGGUCGUUGAUCCUGAUAUUAUCGAUGGUCUACCUAGACCUUCCCCUUACACUCUUGCUGAAGCUUCCAUCCCUGAUCGUAUCAAUUGUACCGUUCCAAUAUCUGUCCGCCCCUCUUUCAUCGAUCCCAAAAACAAAGGUCUUUAUAUUGAUAAGGAUGUAUCUCCUGGAGAUAUCUUGUUUACAAUCGAAAAGCCUUUGUUCGCCAUUGUCGAACAAAUCAACACGAGAUUAAAAACAUGCGAUAACUGCUUUGCAUACCAGAGCGUGGAGCGUGGAUUAGGGACUGUCAGUACUGUAGAAAGAUAUAUCGAGACAGCUAUUCCAUUCGACCAAUGUGGAAGCUGUGGGGUGUACCACUACUGUGACGAGAGAUGCCAGAGGGAAGCAUUUGAACACCAUCAUAAGCAUGAAUGUAUUAAUUUCGUAGACUUUUUAUCCGAAGAGCCCUUAGCAGAGUCCUUCAUUGAGCGCACGGAUUUCCGCUUUGUUCUCCGUUUCUUGUGUAUGGCCAAAGCAAAUCUUCUUACAAAAGAAAUAAUGAGGGAAUUUUUCACAGCGCCGGUAGGGAAUUUGUAUGACUUUGGGCCUUCCAUGGAGACUUCCUACAGAAAUCUGAGUCUCAAUAUGAAACUUCUCGCAAAUUCACCCGUACACGAAGAUUCAAUCUUCCAUAUUCUCUGCUUUGCUAUUCAUCAAAUUAUUCCGAUGUACCAGCCAUUCAUAUGCCAGUUCAAUAGGCAUGAUAUAAGUUAUUGGGACACCAGUUCUCCAACGAGCAUUCCUUGUGGUUAUUGCUACGAGCCGUUCAUCACAAUCAUGAGAAAUGAUUGCAAUGCCAACACUCGCGAGUACUUUGAUGGAAAGACAUACAUUCUACAAGCCAAUCGUGCGAUCCCUGCCAACACUGAGAUUACCCGUCGUUUCAGUUCUUGGAAUGACUACGAAGCCCGUCGUCUUGAUUUUAUGAGAAAAGAAAAGCUUGAUUGCAAGUGUGCUUUAUGUAUUCGAGGAGAUCUAGGACCGACAGGUGAUCUUCGAGAGCGCAUGCUUUCAAUUCACGUUGACAAUUACAAGCCUAAAGUUGACAAGGAGAAACUCAAAGAACAACUAUCGAUCGAUCACAGGAUCAUUGCUGAUCUAAAAACCUAUGGGUUCGGCCACGAUUGCCCUGGUCUAAGAAGAGCAUAUAUGAGUCUAUUCAGCGGUCAAUUUGAUCUAGACUCCCGCACCAAAACUCAAGAUUACAAAGGGUCCUUGAGACUUCUUCUCACCGUCUACUACCUGAUCGAUCCAGCUGCAUGCCCGGCACCAUUACCGGAAGAACGCAUCAAAGUUCUGCAUUUCCUCAUAGUUAUCGCCUACAUUGGAGAACACUCACGAUCCAAGGUUAGCAAGAUCGUCCUCACAAUGCGCAAAUUUAUCUAUCAUUGGCGUUCGCAGCUCGUCCACUACUCCAGGCAAAUGGGUGGCCCCAAUACCAGGAUUGCUACAUUCCAUCGAAACUCAUUCGAGGAAGACCUGGAGGCUCAGAAUAUACCUGUUUAUACGGAUAAAGAUGAUCUCAUGAAGGAGUUGAAUAGUUGGCUUAAAUUGCUUGGUCUUGAUGAGAUGACACCAGAGCAGAUUCUUCGUACUUAA